AUGGAGCCGCGGUGGCAGUACCAGUUCCGGGUGAUCAUGCUGGGGGACUCGACGGUGGGGAAGUCCUCGCUGCUGCGGCGCUACACCGAGGGCGUCUUCCUGGAUGCCGUCAACCAGACAGUGGGGAUGGAUUUCUACGUCCAGUUCGUGGAGCUGGAACCGUCCGUGACUCGCUCCUACUACCGCAACUCGGCGGGGGGGAUGCUGCUCUUCGACCUCACCAACCGCGCGUCCUUCGAGAGCAUCCGGCAGUGGCACCGGGAGGUGACGGACACGGUGCAGCCGUUCCGCAUGGUUUUCUUGCUGGUGGGGCACAAGAGUGACCUGGCAGGGCAGCGGCGGGUGGGCAGGAAGGAGGCCGAGAAGCUGGCGGCCUCGCUGGGGGUGCAGUACGUCGAGACGUCAGCCAAGGACGCCAGCAACGUGGUCCAGGCUUUCCAGAUGUUGACGUUGGCCAUCUACCAGGCGCUGCAAACGGG